AUGUCUGGGAGACGAAACAUUCCGUUGUCUUUUGAGCGACGUCCCAUUCAAUCUCCAGGUAUGAUGCGGCAUGGUCCAUUGCCUGGGUUAGGGCGGUCUCCUGGUCACCGACCAUUUGAGGCACUACCACGUCCUGAACUAUUGGAAAAUAAAAUUGCAUAUCAAGCAGCAGAGAUAAAACAACUGACAGGAGACAAUCAUAGACUGGCAGCUGCUCUGUUGAUUUGA